UUAAACGCUGCCUUUUCUUGAUGACGACGUUUUUUUUUUUUUGGUUUGCCAUUUGCCAUUCAUUCAGAAAAUGAUGAAGUCACCAGUUUUCUUGCUUUUCUUUGUUCUAAGUGCAUCAUUGGUGUUGGCCAACUGUUCUCCACCAACUCCAACAUUUAGUAAAAAUUAUCUAAUAAGUGGACGAAUUGUAUUACCAUAUGCCGAAAUCGAUGAACCAUUUACAGCAUAUUACGAUGAAACAGCAAACAAAAGCCGUAUAGAUUAUUAUGGUGAUCUACAAUUGACUGUACAAAGAGCAGAUCUAGGGCAAUUCUACAAGAUUGCCUACAUGGUUCGAAAUAAUCAGCAAACUGAUCGUGUUUGUUUCAAUAUGGAAGCAUCACCAAUCUCUCCAGUUACAAUUCAAUCGGUUUUGCCAGAUUUAUCGAAUUUUCAAUUCAAACAACGUGGUAUCUGUAACAAAUUGACUAAAAGUUUACCAACAUUAUCAUCAGAAUAUUGUGAAGAAUGGGAAUAUCGUGUUAAUCUGGGAGAAAAAGAUAACAAAUAUGUUUUCAUAUUGAAACGUGAUGCCGAUGGAAAUGCUAUUCCAGUUUUUUAUUUGAUGAUGGGCUAUGAUAGUCUUAUGGGAUCUCAUUAUGAUAAAUAUGAAGUUUUCUACGAAUCAUAUUGGACUAAUAAGAUUGAUCCAAAAGUUUUUGAUAUAUAUCAAAAAUAUGAAUGCCGAGGUUUUCCUGGACCAGGUAAACAAGCUGCCGCUCUCAUGAAUCCAAUGAGAGAAUUCAUUCUCAAUGACUAUGGACAUGUUGAUGAAAAUUUUAAUGAUUUUAAUGAAAAACAUGGCAAAAAUUAUACGAACAAAAAUAAGGAAGUCAAUUUCCGAAGAUUCAUCUUCUUGCAAAAUUAUCGUUUCAUUAUGGCACAUAAUCGUAAAAAUUUACAUUAUCAAUUGGCCGUUAAUCAUUUAGCCGAUCGAACGGAUGAAGAGAUGAAUCGAAUCCGUGGUAAAAUUCAAGUAAUGAACGCUAAUAAAGGAGGUGUUCCAUUCGAUAAGAGCAAAUAUGAUGUCUCCAGUAUACCGAGUCAAUGGGAUUGGCGUUUGAUUGGUGCCGUCACUCCAGUCAAAGAUCAGGCUAUUUGUGGUAGCUGUUGGUCAUUUGGUGCAACGGGAACGAUCGAAGGACAAUAUUUCGUUAAAACUGGCCGUUUAUUAAAAUUAUCACAACAACAACUUGUUGAUUGUAGUUGGCCCGAAGAUAAUAAUGGUUGUGAUGGUGGUGAAGAUUUCCAAACAUAUGAUUAUAUCAUGAAAAGUGGUGGAAUUGCCACCGAAGAAGAUUAUGGCCAUUAUUUAGGAGUCGAUGGUAAAUGUCAUGAUAAAGAUGUGAAAAAAUCGGUUCAAAUCAAAGGUUUCUAUAAUAUAACUGCUGGUGAUGUUGAAGCAAUGAAAGUGGCAUUAUAUUAUCAUGGACCAGUCAGCAUCGGUGUGGAUGCAUCACAAAAAACGUUUACAUUCUAUUCACAUGGAAUCUAUUAUGAUCCAAAAUGUAGUUCGAAAAAUCUUGAUCAUCAAGUUUUAGCUGUAGGAUUCGGUGAUAUUAAUGGCGAAAAUUGGCUUGUAAAGAAUUCAUGGUCUACCUAUUGGGGUAAUGAUGGAUAUAUAUUGAUUAGCAUGAAAAACAAUGAUUGUGGCGUACUUACAGAUGCAACGUUUCCGUGGAUUGCAUAAAUAUUUUUUUUCAAAUAAUUUUUAUUCAAUUUGAAAAAUAAAUAAAUUUGAAAAUUCAAUUUUAUUAAAAAUUUCAAUUCCAUAUAUAUUAUAUAUAGUAUGAUGAUGAUAUUGGUAAAAUAUUCUGACAAUAAAAUGAUGUAAAUCUAA